CAAAAUGGAGUUGCACUAGAUCUACAGCACUAUGGCUGAAAGUGCACAAACUGAAGAUUCAGCAACUGAAGAAUGUUCUAAACAUUCCAUUCCAAAGGAGCACCGCUCUCUAGAUUAUCUCCUGUCCCAGAUUCCACGUAGGGCCCAAAAAGGAUUUCUCUCUAACUGUGACCUAAUUUUAAAGUGUGUGGAUGUCAAUCCAGACUACAUUGCCCUUGGUACAAAUGUUGGAGUAGUGUAUUUGUUUGACAGGAAAAAAGAAUUGAUAGAGAGACUAAAAACGCAUUCUAAUAGUGAUGUUUUAACCACAAUUGCCCUACACAGUGGCCUUGAAAACCAGGUUGCUGUGGGAACAGAGAAGGGGGAUAUUUAUAUUUUCCAGCUCCCUUCCCAUAUUCCAGGUCAGAACAAGAAGCUUCAGCAGUUUUUUGUACAAGGCUUACACAAGGCCCAGGUUACUUGUACAAGAUGGAGUUUGAAUGGAAUGAAGCUUUUUAGUGGAGAUAUGCAAGGCUUGGUUGUCUGCACUGAAUUUGAUGCAUACCAGGGACAGUGCAAGUCAGCUGUUCUGUUGACAGAGGUAGGGUCCAGUAUUGUACAGCUGGAUCAUGGACACAAGUCUCUUCUGGUCUCUACAAAACAGAGGACCCUUAUAUACAGAACAGAUGAAACUAAGGUCCAAGUAGGACAGAAAGAAAGAAAAGUUGCUGGCCCAUUUGGGGCUUGUUUCAUCCCAGCCAUGUGCAAACCAGAGGAUGCUCAACUUUAUGCUUGUCGACCUGGUGCCAGAAUCUGGAAAGCUGACAUGAAUGGAACAGUCAGCAAUACUUAUCUUUUCAAAGAACUUCUCAAUUCUACUCACUCAGAAAUCCAGUUGUUGUACAAGAAUGGAAUCCCUUCUAGCAGAGUGUCGGACCAUCAGUUUGGGCCACUGUUAUUGUAUAUGGAGAAGUACCUUGUGACCUGGAAUGAGACCUCCCUUUAUGUGCUGAGUCCAGAGGACAAUUCUGUUGUGGGUAGUCAGCGGGCCCUGGGGGCAGUGGUAGAUGUUGCUGUCAGUGAAGAUGAAAUUUUUAUUCUGAGGAAGAAUAAUGAAAGGAAUCUUGUCCGAGUAGCUGUAUAUCCAGAAAAGAAGGGAGAAUCUCUAUAUCAUAAACUUUUGCAUGAGAAGGAAAAAUAUGCUUUAAUGCGACAGUCUGCACCACCAUUAGAGGCUACACUGCAUGUAAACAACUCUGAACAGUCUAGUCAGCAAUCCAAUUCACCAUUAGACUUCAUCCAGACCAAACUGAAAUCAACCUUAGAGUCAACUGGGGGCUCAAUUAAAUCAGGAGUUGAACAUCUUCUGUCAUCAAUGGAUCAUUUGGAGGACUCUGUUGAGAUAACUGAGCAUGAGAUUGAUCAUCGAGAUCACCCUCAUGCUCAGCCUCCUCAGGAUCUUCCUCCACUGAUAAAACGCGAGACAGAGCUCCACCAAAAACUGCCUCCAGUUGUGAAACUGGAGACCCCAGAUUUACUGACUGUAGAAAUUUUCAGUGAUAACAUUCUCUCAAGUAAAAAGGACUCAGAUGACAAUUUAGCUGAAAGAAAACUUGUUUCCCCGACCACCCGCUUUAAUCCUUUUCUGAAGGAGGAUUUAGAGACUGAUUCAGUCCCAAGUUCAUCUGAUUCACAUUUUGAUAAUUCUCAUGACAAACCAUCUAUUGAAUCAACAGAUACAUUGAUACCUAGGGGGCCAUCAGGGGUCAAAGUUCAUGUCACUCAAGAUGGCAGUGCUAAAAAUGACUCUGUGUAUUCAAGUGCAACAGUUACAGAGGAGAAGUUAUCAUCAGCAGUCGGGGAUGAUGACAUAGUGUUCAAUUCUAAGCCUAAAAGACACAAGAAAAAGAAAAAAGGGUUGAAAGGAGAAAGAGACUCUACACAUUCCCCUUAUCUUAGUGCUGUCUUGGACCAGGAGAACACAGAAGACAACAUUUCUCUCAGAAGUAGCGAUACAAUCUCCAUUAAAAGUGACAUCAGUGAAGGGCCAUACUUCACAGAGGAACUUCAGGAGAAACCUAAAUUCAUGACUGUAGUUGAUGCAGAAGGUCAUGUGAAAAAAGUGCGAAGUAGGGAGUCAUCACCAGCACCAAGUACAAAAAGGUCACACAGUGAAGAAAAGUCACAUCUAGUUCUCCCUUUGCAUGGGUUGAGAAAUUCAUCUUGUGAUUCCUUGUCUAAAAGUUUAGAAGAAUUUGAAAAAGAAAUAACUAGUUUGGAUAACAAAACAGGCACUCAUGAGCAGGAUGUAGAGUUAAGAAAAGAGGAGACUUCAACUGAAUUGAAAGAGAUACCAAAAUGUACUGAACAGGCAUUAGCUCCAAAGAAAGAAAAACAAUUUUCAGAUCUAAAGGAUAUACAAAAACCUGAUGCAUCUGUGAAACCCAAUGAAACUGUGUUAAACACAGCAUUAUCUCAAAUCGCCACUUCUGUAACAGAAGCAGAGAAGAUUUUAUUAAGUGAUAAGGAUCCCAGUGUAGAAAAGUUAAAUAAAGCAUCACAUGUCUCUAAUAGCUCCUCAGAAAAUUCUCUUCUAAAUUCACCAGCACAAAAAGACCCAAGUCUCUUUUCAUCCCCAGAGCCAGAUGAUUUCUACAAAAUGUUUACAUCAAAUACCAAUAUGACUUCACAGAAGGAUGUCACGGAGCAUCCACUCAUGCCAUCAACCACAGAAGAGCAAGAAGAAAAUGAGAUAGUCUGCUCAGAAAAGGUUGAGAUGGAUGAGCCUUCAUACAAAGUGAUCAACAACUGGUCAGAAAUAUUCACUCCCGGCAAUUUGUCCUGUUUGUGCUUGACUGACACACACAUUUGGCAUGUAGAUAGAAGUUCUAAUUUGUGGCACUGCAGUCUGACUAAUCCAGGUCUAAAGUGGCAGAAGGCAAAUGGCUAUGCCAAGAUGAUAGCUGUGUCACGGUCUGGGAGCAUUGUCUGGAGGCUGUAUAAAGACACUGUAUAUGCUGGAACUAAGUUAACAGCCAAACAUCCAGAAGGUCUGAAGUGGAUAGAGGCAGUUAGGGAGGUGCAAUAUAUAUCAGUGGAUGAGACUGUGGCUUGGUACCUGAAAACAAAUGGUGAUGUUGUGAUGCAGAAGGGCCUGUCCAGAGAGAGACCAUGUUUUAAAGCAAUAAAGAUUCCUUGUGACUUCAAAUUAACCCAGAUUGCCUGUUACAAGGGAGUGGUCCUGGGGUUGACUGACCAGUGCCAGCUGGUGUAUAGGGAUGGGAUAAAUAAAGAAUGCUUGGAAGGAAAAGAGUGGAACAUUAUUAAAUGCAAGUGUAGUCAGGAAAUGUUGUUCAGUGCCAUUGCUUUUGGAGUGGGUGGAGUUUUGUGGGCAUUAGAUGUCCUAGGUAGAAUAUGGUUUUCCACUGGUGUUACCAUGGAAACUCCAACUGGUGAUGGGAGCUGGUGGGAGGUUCCAGUCAGUGAAAUAGUUGUAAAAGAUGUGUCUGGAAUAGAUGCUCUACGUUCCUUGGCUGAGAAAUUUGAUCCUCAGAAGCUUGCUUCUUUAAUCAGCUCCCAGACAGGUGGACUUAUCACAGCUGGUAGAGCAGGGGUGUGGUUGUGUCCAGAAUUCAAAAACAUGAUCCAGAUCUGUAGAGGAGUUAUUCAAGGACAUGCAUGGGAAGUUGCAGAGAUCCCUGGUAUUGUUUGCUCUGUCAUUUGGAAAACAGUAACUGCUCAGGCUAGCAAUGAAGGACUUAUUUGGGCUAGUCAACCCAAUGGAGACAUCUACACUUUUUCUUCAAACCUGGAGAAAUGUAGCAUGGUGGAAUCUCCUUCCUACAGAAAAGGAGUACUUUGUCUAUGUGUCUGUCGGGAUGCUGUGUGGGUUCUUACUGAGGACAAUCAGAUAUUUAUACGUAGUGGGAUUAGACCCAGUAAUCCACAAGGAUCAGGAUGGUGCAAACUGGACCUUACUCAACUAGGUGAUACAGUUUUGACGUCAAUUAGCUGUGGAACGGUCAAUGUUUGGGCAGUGGACACUCAGGGGGUUGUGUACCAGAGGAUUGGGGUCAAGGCCCCGACCUCUCACUCCCUCAAUGCUGCCUGGCUCCCUGUAGACAUGGGCAGGCAGACAUCUACAGUAUUUACAAACAUUGCAACAGGACCCAAAGAUUUCAUGGUGUGGGCAAUUGAUAACCGUCGUCAAGUUUACGCUAGAAAGGGUGUUACAGAAGACAUGCCAAUAGGAGAGGACUGGAUCCAUGUCCCAGGAACUUUAGCCACUCAUUUGACAGUAUCAAAAAAGUGUGUGUGGGCAUUAAAUCCCAAUGGAGAAAUCCUGUGUCGCUUUGGCAUUUCCACAAAAAAUCCCACAGGGGAUUACUGGAGAAAAGUCCCAGGAGUGUUUGAUCAGAUAUCAGUAAGCCAUUCUGAUCAGAUGUGGGCAGUGAGUCAGGAAGGCCAGCUACACAGAAGGUUCACCAAGUUUUUAAAUAAGAACAGUGCCUCUGAUCCGGAUAAACUGCUGCCAAAGAGAAGCUCUACCAGUAUCUCCAGUGACGACGGGUGGGAGUUAUUGUAGAAAUCAACACUAUGCUGUCAGCAUUGUAGAAUUAAAUCAACACUAUACUGUCAGCAUUGUAGAAUUAAAUCAACACUAUGCUGUCAGCAUUGUAGAAUUAAAUCAACACUAUGCUGUCAGCAUUGACAUUUCCAUAUGGUAUUAUUUAUGCAAAUCCAUGGAAUAAAUCUUACGGCCAUUGUGUGGUUAUAUCUUCUCAACUUAAAUAUUUCACUAAGGUACUCAGUAGACAGGAAUCGAUACAUAAACAUAUUUUUUGCAGAAGCUCCUCCUUCUGUAGCUAGAGUAAAUGGGUAUUUGAGUAAAUAAUCUACCAAGUGAAAAUUUCAACAUAUACAAUAUAUCUAAGAAUUCAUUUGUAUUCCCUGGACAUCAGACAAUUUUACCAUAUAAUAUUUUAGAUGAUGCAUUAUACAGUGAAACUUAUCUAAUCCAGAUGUUGUGUAUUUGGAAAUCUUGCCUAAUACGAUGUAAACAUAAAGUCCCUUUCAGUAAUUUCAGGUGUUUAAAAUGUUGUCUAAUCCAGAAUGUUGUCUAAUCUGGCUAUUUUUUUUGGAACCAGUGGUGGCCGGAUCGGACAAGUUUUACUGUAUAUAUUAUAUACAUGUAUAUUCAGUUAUAUACAAUUUUUAAUUGAGUAAAAUCCAUUUUGAUCAUGUUUGAGAAAAAUAAUUUUUUAAGGGAUGUGUACAUGUCAAUAGAGCUUCCAGUUUUAUUUCAUUAUUUUAAAAAAAUGUCUGAUUAAGACAAUUCUUUUCUUCUUUUUCACCCGUUUAAAAUAUCUUAGAGUACCAAUUAAAGUGCAGUGAAAACGCUUGCAGUGAAGGGCCAGGGACUUAUAAUUUUGAUUCAUUACAAACAUAAUUUGAUUGUUAAAUACAUUUAUAAAUUCAUAUUUUAAAAUUACAGAGAAUCAAAAUCACUUAACUGUAAGCUUGAAUUCAUUACAAGCAUGUUUGUCGUAACCAGGUUUUGCUGUAUAUCAUUUAAUUUGCUGAUGUUUACAGCUAAACCCAAGAUGGGAAUAUACCUGAAUGAUUUUUUUUAUUUCAUGUUUAUUGUUUGGUAGAAACAAAGUUGUGCAUCUUUUUUAGUGUUUACCUGUAAAUAUUUGUAUGGUAUCAUGUUCAACUGUUUGUUAUUAUUACUUUUUAAUGGAGGCAUUUAAAGUGUUAAGUGUAUCUUGGGGAUUUCAGUUAUUUCUAGUCAUCGGCCAGAGGAAAUAGAGCUUUAAACCAUACAUGUUAACAGUUAAUAUUUAUACUUAAAAUUCAUAGUGCUGCAUUGCAGUGAAUAUUGCUCUCAGAAUUUAUUUGGAAAAAAUAUAUAGAUUAAUCAUCUCAUUCCUGCAUUCCUUGUGUGAUAUAUUUGUUUUGCUUUCUUUUAUUUCGAGUUUUUGGUACACUUUACGUAUAGGCAAAUUGAAAUUUAUCAUGUUCAUAAAGAUAAUGAUUAUACAUAUGUUAUCACCUAGCAACAAGAACAGAUCUUUUUAUCCAUUAAUUCAUGGAUGUAAUAUAAUGAAGUCUUUCAUAAAGGUUAUAGGGAAAAAAUAAAUUUUUUUUAUCACUGACUUGGCAAUAUUAAUUUCUACAUGCAUUAUAAGUAUCAAAUAAAAUAUAUUUUUCUAUUUUAUCUGCACUUGGAUUUAAAAUGUUAUAUCUUAAAAAAAAAGAAAAACAUAUCCUGUGGUUGGUUUGUUUUGGGUUUACAGGUCAUAUUGAAUCAAAAGGAAAAGAACUAGACUUGUGUCACAUAUCUAUAUAAUGUAUCAUUGUUUGCAGUAUUUAUUUUAUCUAGUGUACUAGUAACUCAAUGAUGAAAUAGUACAAUUUGCAACAUAACGUAGAUAUAUGUUUUAUAAUAAUUAAUGACCAUUUAGCAGUAUAUUUUUAUGAUACAUGUACAAUUUUUUUCCUCUGAUUUCAUUCCAAUUUCAACACUUUAUAUAUAUAUAU